AGGUAGAAAAUUCAGUGUGUAAAUUCGUGGACAAAGAAACAUCCCUGAAAAUCCUCCCAGACUCCUGCUCCUGAAGCACUGGUAACAUUUCUCAGAUCAGGAAAAGGAGCGACUGUGUGUUAGAAGUAUUCCGACGCUUCUCCUGUUUUUCUCCCUCCCUGAAGUUGAAGAGGAACUAUGGAGAAAUGGUCCUUGAUGGCAGUUGUGGUCUUACUGGGACUCACAGUACGAUGGACGGUUUCUCUGAAUUCCUAUUCAGGUGCGGGGAAGCCCCCGAUGUUCGGUGAUUAUGAAGCUCAGCGACACUGGCAAGAAAUCACUCUGAAUUUACCCGUCAAACAAUGGUACUUUAACAGCAGCGAUAACAAUUUACAGUAUUGGGGACUAGAUUACCCACCUCUGACCGCCUACCACAGUCUCUUAUGUGCUUAUGUGGCAAAAUUUAUAGAUCCAGACUGGAUCGCUCUUCAUACAUCUCGUGGAUACGAGAGUCAGGCACACAAACUCUUCAUGCGUACGACAGUUUUCGUUGCCGAUUUACUGAUUUAUAUACCUGCAGUGGUUAUGUACUGUUCUUAUUUAAAGGAAAUCUCAAUAAAGAAAAGGAUAACCAACGCAUUGUGCAUAUUGCUGUACCCUGGCCUUAUCCUUAUUGACUAUGGACACUUUCAUCUCGGCUUUGCUUUGUGGGGUGUUCUUGGAGUAUCUUGUGACUGGAACGUGCUCGGAUCACUGGCAUUUUGCUUAGCUUUAAAUUACAAACAGAUGGAACUUUACCACGCCUUGCCGUUUUUCUGCUUCUUACUUGGCAAGUGCCUUAAACAAGGCAUCCAAGGAAAAGGGUUGGUGCUGUUGAUGAAGCUAGUGUGUACUGUCGUGGGUUCCUUCGCUCUCUGCUGGCUGCCGUUCUUCACGGAAAAGGAACAGAGCCUGCAGAUCCUCAGAAGACUCUUCCCCGUGGACCGUGGCUUGUUCGAGGAUAAAGUAGCUAACGUCUGGUGCAGCUUCAGUGUCUUUCUGAAGAUUAAAGAUCUUUUGCCACGUCACACCCAGCUGAUGAUCAGCUUUUGUCUUACAUUUUUGACCCUACUUCCUUCUUGUGUAAAAUUAACGGCACAGCCCUCAAUCGAAGGGUUCAAAUUUACACUGGUUAGCUGUGCACUGUCAUUCUUUUUAUUUUCCUUCCAAGUACACGAAAAAUCCAUUCUUUUGGUAUCACUGCCAGUCUGCUUAGUUUUACAUGAAAUUCCUUUUAUGUCUACUUGGUUUUUACUUGUUUCAACAUUCAGCAUGCUGCCUCUUCUGCUGAAGGACGAGCUCUUCCUACCCUCCGUGGUGACAGCCGUGGGGUUCUACAUGGCUUGUGCCACUUGCCUUUCCAUAUUUGAACGGACCUCGGAAGAGGAGCUGCGGCUGAAGCCUUUUUCCAUGUCUGUCAGGAAGUACCUCCCGUGGGUCACCAUUCUGCCCGGAGCCAUCCAACAUUUGUUUUUUAUCUCAGUAAUCACGAUGGUUCUCUUGACACUGAUGACCGUCACGCUCGAUCCUCCUGAGAAUUUACCAGACUUAUUUGCUGUACUGGUGUGUUUUGUAUCCUGCUUACACUUCCUGUUCUUCUGGGUGUACUUUAACAUUAUAAUCAUAUGGGACUCCAAAUAUGGAAGAAAUCAGAAGAAAAUCAACUAACUCUUCCCAGACAAUGUGAAAAGUGUGAAAAUGUUCUGUGAACAUCGUGCUAUGUAUAAAUGACAUUAUUUUCUUAAGAAUUAGGGAUUUACAGGAAACUGUGAUACCUCAUUGUUGUCUGCACAGAAUAAAUGUAUGUGGAGAC